UAGCCUUUUAAAAUUUUCAAUAAAUUCUAAAAAAUACUCAAUAGGUCUUGAUCAUCGCUAUGACAUUGAAAAUAUUUUGGGUAUCAUUAACCUAUCUUGUUUUUCAGGAUUUAGUUCUUCUGCUUCUAACAUCUGGAAGAGAUCCUGGUAUAAUUCCACGUAACCCGCACCCUCCUGAACCUGAAGGAUUUGACAGCAAUGCAGAUUCUGGCCCUGGCCAAACUCCACAGUUACGGUUACCAGCAUUAAAGAAAUGGAAGUUAAUGGGAUCACUGUGAGGAUCAAGUAUUGUGAUACUUGCAUGUCUUAUAGACCUCCUCGCUGCUCUCACUGUUCAAUAUGCAACAAUUGUGUUGAACGAUUUGAUCAUCACUGUCCUUGGGUUGGGCAAUGUAUUGGACUGGU